AUUGGCGGGUAGAAUUGGUGCAGAAGUAAUUUAGCAAGCAAACCAAGGAGACAGGAAACAAAAGAAUUGUGAUGGCGAAACAGGGCACACUUGCGGGAAUUACUCUGAAAGGGAGCGCUGAGCUUGUAGCUGAGUUUUUUUCCUUUGGUAUCAACAGCAUCCUGUACCAAAGAGGUAUUUACCCACCUGAAACCUUCACAAGAGUUACACAGUACAACUUGAGCAUAUUGGUGACAACAGACUCCAAACUGAAAAGCUACUUGAACAAUGUGGUGAUGCAGCUGAAAGAGUGGUUAUUCAAUUGCACAGUACAAAAGCUGGUGGUGGUGAUCACCUGCAUUGAAACCAAUGAGGUUCUGGAACGGUGGCAGUUUGAUAUUGAGUGCGACAAGAGCGCAAAAGACAGUGCUAACUGUCCAAAGGACAAAUCAAUAAAAGCCAUCCAGGAGGAAAUCCGAGGUGUUAUCAGACAAAUAACGGCCUCUGUAACAUUUCUGCCUCUAUUGGAAACUCCUUGUGCUUUCGAUCUACUCAUCUAUACAGACAAAGACUUGGAGGUACCAGAGAAAUGGGAGGAGUCUGGUCCUCAGAUGAUUUCGAACUCGGAGGAAGUGCGCCUCCGCUCCUUUACCACAACAAUUCAUAAAGUCAACAGCAUGGUUGCCUACAAAAGAAUGGAUUCUGUCUAGUGACUUGCGGAUGUCUUCUGUAUAUAUUUCUCUUUUUUUUUCCUACCAUUUUCUCAAUGUUAAACUCUUUUUUUUCUUGUCUAUACUGCUGGGAGUGUACCUUUUUGUCAUUUGUACUGUGACCAGAUUUCCGUCUUUCACACUUCAUUUUAGAAUGUAGACAUUUCUGUGUUGUCUUGACAUUUUGUUUUAUCAAUACAUUAACUACAUUGCAAACAAGUUUAGCGCCUCAUUCCAGUUUCUGCCUGGCAGUUUUUUAAAAGCCGCAAAACUGCUGUACUUUUAAUGGGCAGUUGUACAUCAACAAAUUAUAUAAUGCCACUGCUCUACUAAAAUGAUUAUUUUGGACAAAGGUAAACGCAUAGCUUUAAAAAAAAUAGUAGUCUGGUGAGGAGUGCUGUGGUGAUUUACUUGGUAAUAUUGGAAAUCCCUCAUUUCAUUUAAUUAGUCACCAUAUGUCUCGGUGUUCAGCGGGACAGUCUGGGACAAUUCAGGCUUUUCAUCUCGCAACCCAAUGCAUUCUGGUGCAUUUUACCUGUCUCAGGUACCAUUCUUUCCUUUAAGAGAAGCAGGACUACUCUU